AUGUCGCGCAACCAGACGCCCAUCUCUCCUAAUGCCCCCCUCUCUUUCAAGACGGUGCCGGGUCGCCAUCGCACGCAGAAAUGGAAUAAGGCUCCCAGCUACAACUACGACGGCGACGACUGGGGUGGCUACGAUCCGUAUGAUGAGUACGGCGGUCCAGAAGAGGAGGCACCGCCACCGUUGCCGUCACAAGUCCCGUCAGGUGCACCGCGUGGCAGAAAGAGCAGUUUUGAUAGAGGCGACGACACCCGACAGUUCAGCGCCCCAGCGGCCACUUCAUCAUUCCCAGCUUAUGACGAGCGACGGUCGGCAGGGCCCGGCAGCGCAACAAGUGGAGGCCGGGGCAGCAAUGACUUUCCACGCAGCACCAGCAGGCCACGCGACUUUACCAACCCGGAGCAGGUCCCGCCGCCUCUAAUGACCAAAGCAACCCCUCCUCCACCGACAUGGUUCCCACCGCGGAAGAGUAGCUUGUCGGGCAGCGAGGUCGCAUCGAAAGCGCAAGCAGACGAAGCGAGGGCUAUUGCGGCCGACUUGUCAUCUGCAAACACCGACAAGCCUCUGCCCUUUAUCAGACCGAGCGAUAUCUAUAGGAGGAUACCUGAUGAGAUUAGGAGACAGUCUGAGGAAGGUGGCAGACCAUCAAUGGAAUCCUUGCAGAGGGAAUCGUCGCCACAGAAGCUUGGUCUGGAGCCGGUCCAGGAGAGUCGAGAAUCAAGACUGUUCAUGGAUGACGAAGUGCCAAAGACCGACGCCAGAGCUGGCAAUGCGCCGCCAGACAGAGUCGGCAGCCCCUCUACCAGAAGCCAGCUGCCCAGCCUUCAGACGGCAAUGGCUCCACCACCUGCAAAGUCAAGCAUUCCGAAAGAACCCAGUCCUACGCUUCCUCAACUAUCGAGAGUCUCCGGCUUUGGCGACGACUUCUUUCUGUCUGGAAAGCGGCCUACCAACUCAGACCCCACUUCUUCCGAAUCUACGCCUGGCGUUGUCAACAGGCCAGUCGUGAAUACGGCAGGAGGCAGCAGCUCUCAGACGACAUUCAGCUCUAUCCAAAACACACCAACUACCUCUAAAGCUGCAACAGGCAAUGGCUUUUCAGGCCAGCAAGAUGCUCCAACCGACGACGUUUCAACGGGACUACAGCACCAGCCUUCACAGGGAUUUCGUUCGGCAGUACACCAAGCCUUCGACCGCAGUGACAACAGCACUCCCUCUCGAGACAGCUCUCAGUCAGGCCCUGGUAGCAGCGGCGUGAGUCGAAGCGACACCAAUUCCACUGCUGGCAUCAGCCCCAUCAUGAGCAGAGUACCAUCCGGUGCGGCAGGACAAUUUGGACGCCAGCAGAGGAUAGACGAACAAGUGCCACCUAUCGCAGAGGAGCCUUCGUCGGCGGCUCCAACAGGUUCCCGACCUGCGUCUGGUCUUCAAGGGCAGUCUCGCAUCCCACGCAAACCAUCUCCAGGUCACAGCAGGAACGUGAGUGGCGAAGCGGCUGCGUCUACCGACUUUGAACCAGGCUAUAGGAGAAGCUUAGACCCUCCUUCUACCGGCACGUCACCUGCGAGAACCCCGGGUAUGGAGACCACCGCGAACAAGCGACUGAGUACACCAAUGUCUGCUGUGCACAUGACGGAGGCAGAGGCCCCGGAUGUCGCUGAUCAAGCUGCUGAGGUCCCUGAACCUAUCUUGGAGCCCGCCGAGACACCAGCAAGUGAGAUCAGCCAAGUGGCAGCUCUUGGUGGAUCUACGGUGGCCGCAGUGGCAAGUCACACCCGAGGUCGGAGCAGUACUGAUUACAGCCUGCGCGAGGCUGACAUUGCCGAAACCGUCAACUCUUCUCCAGACAAGGGUAUUGCUACACCUGCCAUCGCUGAAGCGCAGCGAGACAGUCAAAAGCUGUUCUUGGAGACACAUCCCGGCACUCCUUCGUCUCCCAUGCCGCCUGGGACUGGUUUCACAGGCAGUGGAACUCCUACACGAGCUGACAGUCCUGCCAAAGGUCGGGUGCGAGAGAUUGCUGAUAGGUACCACGAUCUCCACGAUGCCUCAAGACGCAACUCCGCAAAUUCGAUCGGUUCGUCGAAAUCGUCCUGGAGCAACUUCGAGGCACCGCGGCUCAACCGACAGGGCACUUCGCAGUCCCAGCUUGGUGUAGAUAACGCUGUUGUGGAUGAUGAUGUCGAUGGAUCCAAGGCAACUAGACCUGAGCUUGGUCGAGAAGAGUCGUUCAAGCCAGACCUGCCAGGUGGAUGGAUCAGCAGCGCACCAACUCCGGCUCUGGAGUCCCCUCCUGUUCAGACGCAGCAAAUUACGCCCCGCCAAAGCACAGCUCAGGAAGAAGUUGAUUUAACGCCUACCACCAAGAAGCGCCAAUUGCCCGCUGUCGAGCCUACUUCAGCAACGUCUACCCACAGUGAUAAAAAUGCCUUUGACGCUGUCAAGAACGCCGGUGAUCAGCUCGGGGCAUCACUGCUUUCGACAUACGGGAUUGGCCAUCAGACCCGCGAUUUCGCGUCCUCUGAGCCGCCGGCACCAAUCAACCAGCCCGAAACCCAGGCCAAGCCAGAGCGAGGUUCGAUUGCCAUGCAGCCGCCUUUGCUUCGCCAUGAGACUGACAGCACCGAUGCUCCAACUUCGGUUGCUUCCUCUGUCGCACCUACACCACCCGCCAAAGACACUCCCAAACAAUCUGAACACCUCGCUGUUGAUGAUGGUGGCGGCUACUUCAAUACUGUUGCGCCGCUCAGGCUCCGUUCUCGAGAACCUUCCCCUGAACAACACACGUCGCUUUCGCCACAGCGUCCGACUGUAAUGCCAAUGUUGUCAACAGACACGGGCGCCGGUGAUAUGGACAGCGACCGCCUGAGGAAGGAGAUUGUACGAAGUCUUGAUCCUAUCAAGAAAGAUGAGCUCAAGCGGGAAAGUAUCGGGGAAGACGCCGAAAGGACUCAAGAUGCGCUCAAUGCCCCUGACAAUGAGCGACGGGUUGAGCACGGUCAGACCGCUUUGCCCGCUGCCGAGACCGCUCCUUCUCGACUACUGACGACCAAGUUCAGCUGGGAGAGGGAUGAUGGGUCGCUGGCGCCUACAACAGGACCAGUCCCCUCUAGAGCAACACCUGAGCCUGAGCCGCAGAGUCCGGAAAUCAAGCCGCAGAUGGCCUACGAGCGGCCUAGGACCAAAGCCCUUCAUGUGAUGAAUCCCGGAGAGAACGUCGAGUCUCCACUCACCCCUGCCGACCCUGUGCCAAUUCUGAACGAGCCAUCUGCUGCAGAAGAUUCCACGAUCCCCUCACCCGCAGUGGGUUCUAGGGACCAAUCUGAGGCAGUGGUUUCACCAAUCACGAAGAGUCAGGAGCGCCUUCUCCCCGAGACCAAUGUCCAAGCCGGAAGCCCUUCGCAGUCGUUAACCAAUCUUGCUCCCUCGCCAAUAUCGGAGCACGAUGGCUUCAAUUCCCGGCUCCCAUCGUACUAUCUUGGUGCGCAUGAUGGUGAAGACGACAUUCUACCCCCUCCAGAGAAGGACCACACCACCGCUUCAUCCAUGUCUCCAGUAUCGACCGUACAAGCCAAGCCUGCCGCAUCGAUCCAGCCGUUCCGAAGCAUUCUUGCCAUGAAGUCGAGCGAUGAGCGGAUCAAGACGUACAACGAGACUCGUCAGACGUUCGCAGACAUGAAUACGGGCCUGAACGACUGGCUGAGUAUGAUGCUUGAACAACAUCCAGAACACGCCAACCUCUCGACAUCCAACAGCGGAUUCAAGCCACCGGCAUUGCAGUCAUCAGGUUCUGGGUUCGGCACGUUCCGAAGAGGCCACAAGGCCAGUCCAAGCAUCGCCAAAUUUGCUAACAAGUUCGGUGGUGACGACAAGCAGCGUUCAACAUCUGUGGGCAGUGCUACCGAAAGCACUGAGCCGACUCGACCUGCUGCACCCGGCGACGGCCCAAGAAUCGACAUGGACAAGAUGCAGCAGCGAGGCAAGAACUUCAUGAAACAAGCUGGAAUGUUUGGCGGGAAGGCGCAAGAAGGUGCAAAAGGCCUGUUCGCCAAGGGCAAGAAUCGAUUCGGCGGCGGCGGUGGGAGCGUGAGGGGAAAGCCUGGCAAUGAGGUAGAGUGA